GCUGGCCAGCAGCAGCUGGACAUGGCUAAGACUGCAUUUGAUGAUCAGUACGUAGACUGCGUAGACAAAAUGGAGAGAAUUGCACCCCGGCUGUUAGAAGAAGACAUGCGCAUGAAUAAAAAACUCAAAGUUAAAUGGGAAAGUGCCAAGAAACAUUGGAAGCAAAUAAAGAAUACUGUAAGCUACCCCUCCCAAUUCAAUAAUUUCCAUGGAACAGCUCUGGUGGCCUAUACUGGGUCUAUUGCAUUUGCUUUUAACAGAGCUGUGAGAAACUUCGCUUCAAAUAAUGAUACAUUUUACUUCAAAGGCUUCCACUAUUACCUGACCAGAGCACUGCAACUUCUCAACUCAGGUACCUGUUACAUGGUUUACAGAGGCUCUAAAAUCAGAUUUACUUAUAGAGGCAAAGGAAAUGUAAGAUUUGGCCAGUUUGCUUCAUCAUCUCUAGAGCGUAACAUUGCUAUGCAUUUUCUUGGUGAAAAUGGGACCCUGUUUAUCAUCAACACAUGCAAGGGUGUCCAUAUUGAAGCCUUCUCGCAGUAUCCAGAUCAGAAGGAAGUGCUGAUUCCAGGCUAUGAGGAAUACCAGAAAGUCACCAUCAACAAGAAACCUCAGGAAAAAUAUAACACCAUUAUGCUUGAAAAACCCCAAACCAUGAAGAGUAACUUCAAUUGCUUCUACAAAGACCAUGACAGCAAUUUCAACAGAGUAGGAAGAAAAAAGCCCCGCAUCCCUCUGGCUGCUGACUGGGAUUCUGCUCCUGUAGCUGCUUCUCCCUACUGAGCUCUGACCUCCCAUCCAGCUGCCUGCUUCUGUAGGAAAUUUGUGAAGCAUGAGGACAUCACUGGAUCUGACUGCCAAAGUGUGAGCUGUGUCAAGUUUUCCACUCUAGAGAAGUUUCUGGCUUCAAGACACUGCUGCAAUUGCAAAGUAUUUUUCUUAUGUAUUAUUAGCAAUAGACUUCAAUUCCACCCACCUGCCCAAGCUAUAAGGAGUACUGUAAUCUCAAGAAAUAAAUCUUUCGUUGUCACUGCUUAUU